AUGACUGGGAAGGAAUGUCGUGAAAGCAGCCCUCCCACAACUACAGCCAAGCCAGAAGCUUCCAUGCUCAAUACCCUGGUCUUCAGGAAACUCAAAGGAGCCCUCGAACGCGAUCCAGAGGUCGAUCUUCUUCAACAGAUUCCAAUAUCAUACUCUGCGAGACUCCAAGCGAGAAAGGCAGUUGCAGCUGCUCUUGGCGAUGAUCCUCCUCCUCCAGAGAGCUAG